GCCAAUACAGCAACGGGAUGAGGAGGUACUGGUUGUUCAAACGGACCUUGCGGUACCCAAGGCCACCAUGAUAGUAAGUACUCGGAGCAACAGGGCAAGACCCAUAGCCAACAUGCAAAAGAACGGAAUCGUAUUGCGGCCGACAAAUCUCGAGCUAAGAAGCGAGAACAUAUGCUAAGGAUCCAGUCAGAGGAGCAAGAGCUGGAACAAACCAAUCACGACCUGUCCAACUGCAUAGCCAACCUGACUCGUGAGGUCCAGGUGCUUAAGAUGAAGCUUUUACAACAUGCCGGUUGCGACUGCUCGCUCAUCCAUGACUACCUCGCCGCAGAGGCCCAGCGCUACAUCUGUGGACUCAGUAAGCAAUCGCACCUUGAGGCUAUUUCCCCUGGCGCAGUAUACAAUUAAACUGCUAUAAGAAGAAUAAAUGUGAGAAUGGGGAAGCGAAUAGUGAUGAUCCAGUUAUUUCUUUGUCUAUUUAUCUUGGCGUGUAUAUGCCUGAGGAAUACUCGUGCCGGCAUGAGCACGGGAAUCGUUCUGUGUGUAUAGUCGCCCUGAAAGAAUACUCUGGUCUCACGAUUCCCCUAUCUCCCUAGUCGUCUUGCUGUAUCGUUAUA